CUCUUUUUCUUUUUCUUUCAAUCAUUUAUACAUGACGGCUCUUACAUCUGCCAAUGGUAUUAUUGCUCUACUUGAAGAGCCACAACCAGAACUUAAAGUCUAUGCACUUCAGCAGUUAAAUUCUCUUGUUGACGAGUUUUGGGCUGAAAUCUCUGAUUCUAUUGCUAUCAUUGAAAUCUUGUAUGAAGAUCAAACAUUUAGCGAAAGAGAACUUGCUGCUCUAGUUGCUUCGAAGGUGUAUUAUAAUCUUGGUGAAUUAGAUGAUUCUCUUACAUUUGCCCUUGGUGCUGGUAAACACUUUGAUGUUGCUGAUUCUUCUGAAUACGUUACAACUAUCAUUUCCAAAUGUAUUGAUAAAUACAUCUAUUUACGAACUUCACCAGAGAAUACGGAACCAGUUGACCCAAGAUUAGAGGCUAUUGUCGAACGCAUGUUUCAACGCUGCGCAGAUGAUGGAGAAUAUGAACAAGCGAUUGGUAUUGCGCUUGAAUCAAGACGUCUUGAUAUUAUUGAAUCAACUAUUAUGAAGGGAAACCCUAGCCAAUUGCUUGCUUACGUUUUGGAUGUAUCAAUGACGCUUGUGCAAAACUUGGAGUUCCGUAACGAAGUCUUGAGAUUGUUGGUGAAUUUGUACAAAAAGUUGGAAAAACCUGAUUAUAUUUCUAUCAGUCAAUGUUUGGUACAUUUGAAUGAUACCACUUCUUGUGCUAAUAUGCUGAAGGGCUUGAUCGAAAAAAAUGACGAGCUUAUGGCAUACCAAAUAUCAUUUGAUUUAGAAGAAAACGCAACACAAGAAUUCUUGUCCAAGGUGUCUAAUGAAUUACCCAGUGAACCCGUUGCGGAAGAGCCAAAGGAAGAUGCUAUGGAAGUGGAAGAGCCAAAGGCCGCUUCACCCUUCCAAAAGAUCAAAUCUAUUCUUUCUGGCCAAGAAUCCAUUCGACUUCACCUUGAAUUUUUAUACCGAAACAACCACACGGACCUUUUGAUUUUGAAAAAUACAAAAAAUGCAUUGGAAUCCAGAAACUCUGUCUACCAUUCUGCUGUGACAUUUGCCAAUGCAUUCAUGCAAGCUGGUACAACAAGCGACGAAUUCUUGCGUCAAAACCUUGACUGGCUAUCAAGAGCAACCAACUGGUCUAAAUUUAGUGCUACUGCUGCUCUUGGUGUCAUCCACAAGGGUCAAUUAGCAGAAUCCAUGAACUUGCUAGCCCCCUACUUACCUACACAUGGCGUCACUUCCAACAGUUCCUAUUCUGAGGGCGGAUCCUUGUAUGCUUUGGGCCUCAUCAAUGCCAACCAUGGUGCAGAUGUAUUGGAAUAUCUAAGAAAGGAAUUGAAAGAGACUUCCGAUGAAGUUAUUCAACACGGCGCCUCUCUUGGCCUUGCUGUUGCUGGCAUGGCUACAGCCAACGAGUCCAUCUAUGAAGAUUUGAAGAGUGUUUUGUUUGGUGAUAAUGCUGUUGCUGGUGAGGCUGCCGGUUUGGCUAUGGGCUUGGUGAUGCUUGGUACAGCUAGUGAACAAGCACUUGAUGAGAUGCUUCAAUAUGCUCAUGAAACUCAGCAUGAGAAGAUUAUCCGUGGUUUAGCCAUUGGCAUGUCAUUCAUUAUGUAUGGUAAAGAAGAGCAAGCAGAUGGUUUGAUCGAUAAGCUAUUAGAAGAUAAGGAUUCUGUGCUUCGAUAUGGUGGUAUUUAUACUAUCGCUAUGGCCUAUAGCGGUACUGGAAAUAAUAAAGCCAUCCGUCGUUUGCUUCAUGUCGCUGUUAGCGAUGUGAAUGAUGAUGUUCGUCGGGCAGCUGUCACCUCGCUUGGAUUUGUUUUGCUACGAAAUCCUAAACAAGUACCUCGCAUUGUGCAACUAUUGGCUGAAAGUUAUAACCCACAUGUCCGAUAUGGUGCUACACUUGCCUUGGGCAUCUCAUGUGCUGGUACUGGCUACUUGGAUGCCCUUGAACUCUUGGAGCCCAUGACCAAGGAUCCUGUUGAUUUUGUCCGUCAAGGUGCCUUCAUCUCUCAAGCUAUGAUCCUGAUUCAGCAAACGGAAAACACGAAUCCCAAGGUAGCUGCUGUACGUAAAAUGUAUGAAAAGGUCAUUGGUGAUAAGCAUGAAGAUCCUAUGGCAAAGUUUGGUGCAGUUCUUGCACAAGGUAUCAUUGAUGCUGGAGGAAGAAAUGUGACCAUGUCGCUUUUAUCAAGAACGGGACAUGCUAAUAUGCCAGCCAUUGUGGGCACUGCUGUAUUUACACAAUUUUGGUACUGGUAUCCCUUGACACAUAUGUUAAGUUUAGCAUUUACCCCUACGGCCAUUAUUGGUCUGAACAAGAACUUAGAGACUCCCAAAUUUGAAUUCAUAUCAAACACCAAGCCUUCAUUAUUUGCUUAUCCUCCUGCUAUAAAACCACCAUCAGCCACAGUGGUUGAAAAAGUAGCUACUGCUGUCUUGUCAACAACGGCAAAAGCGCGAGCCCGUGCAAAGAAGAUUGAGAAAGAAAAGGGAGAAAUGAUGGAUGUUGAUAAAGAAGAGCAACCAAAGGAUGAAGAAAUGAAGGAUGAAAGUAGCGAAAAGAAAGAUGAGCGUAAAAAGAAGAAGAAGGAAGAAAACUUUGAGACUCUUGAAAACAUGGCUCGAGUUGUGCCUGCUCAACUGAAGCACAUUUCAUUUAAAGAAGACUCACGUUAUGCUCCUGUCAAGUCUGAAAAUAUUGGAGGUAUUAUUAUGUUGAUUGAUAAAAGGCCAGAUGAGGAAGAAGAUUUACUUCAGCCCCGAGUCCCUUCAGGUGAUGGAUCAGGAAGAUCAGGAGCACAAGAAGAAGAAGCUGCACCUUUUGAACCAUUCGAAUAUCCUGUUGAUGAUUAAAUCUAUUAUUUUUGAUUGUAGAAAAUUCAUUAAAUGUAAAAAUAAUCCCUUUAGGAUUUAUAAAAACACGCGUACACACUUUGAAAUAAAUUACCAUUCAUGACUUAAACAGCU